AAGACAUCGGUUCGACCCUCUCGCUCGACGCAGUAUCUAUCUAUCGGGGGCGGCUAUAUUAGGAAACGCCCUAUCAGGGUGGCCUGAUUGGCCCUCUCGCCAUGCUGAACCUGCUGGAGCGUUUCGCCCAGUCGCUGCGCGGUGCUGACAUUCCCAGUUGCAGCUACGGGAGGUACUGUGUACGACGACUCGUGGUGGAGCGACAGGGACCGGGCCUCGUACCUUCUGGAAGAAUUCUGCCCGCCCAACCCAUGGCACUUCCUCCGAGGCAUCCGUCAUUCUGGAUGAAUUUGCCAUCUGGAACAUCUGGGCCGUCGAGAGGCAACAGGCCCGCCCAGGGUGUCGGGCAGGAUCUGAGCGAGCACCAGCCGCGGCGUCGACCCCCCCCCACUACCAUCCCCACCGAGGCGUCUGAAGCCCACGUACUCGCUGGCUACUAUUCCAGUGGCCAGCAGCGGAACAGCCAACCAGCGUCCCGGGGGCGAGGUCUUAGACCUGGCCAAUGGGCGGCGCCCCGGGCGAUCCGCAGCGUGUCAGACCCCGGCUCGGAGGCGGCGCCACUGGUCGGCUUCGGCUUCAGCUUAGGGUUUGUCCAUAGUACUGCUGCAGCUUUCUACGAUGGUUGCAGAGUCCAACCCGCGACGUCAUCCCCCGACCGGUGUGCCCCGGAGCCCCCUGCUCAGGGCGACCGUUUCAACUUCCAUGGUAGCCGCUCGGUAACCACCCGUGUCGCACGGCGGCCAGGAGUACCUGCUUCGCCAAAGGCUUGUUUUGGCGAGAUUGGGCGUCUCGCACCCUGGUUGGAUGGGUCGCGAUCCUACGAUGAUACACAGGAUAAGUGA